GCAGAGGUCUAAUUUUGGAAUUUUCUAUUCGACCUUUCAUUACCGAGUCAUAGGGUUUCUAAAAUUGAAAAACUUAGGUUUUGAAAGUUUUUCGGUAUUUUCCUAUAACUCAGUAAAGAAAGGUCGAAAAGAAAAUUCCAAAAUUAGACCUCUGCGCUAUGACCUUGAGUACCUCUGAGUAAUUUUUAACUCGAUCGGAUGAAAUUUAAGGGGGUCCUAAUGUGGCACAAUGAAAAACAGAGUUUUCUGGAAAAUUGGUGAAUGGCAAUAGUUAGAAACUUGAAACGAAAACGAAAAAGUGCUCCAUUGAGUUUCCAAUUAGUUCUGAAAAUAUGAAGUCUUAGUGAGUUUUAGUUUUUAUUGCACAGUAUUUCUACAGAAAGCCCAAAAUGAGGGGAGGGUUAUCCUUAAAACGGACAACUUCAAAAUUUUUCAUUGAAAUGUGAAAUUUAGAAAAAGGUGAUUUUUAGAGCUUUCAGAAAUCUUUUUCGAAAACCUCCAGAAACAUUGGAUUUUUAGCAAACUGAGAUGGAUUCUGAAAGAUGACACUUUGAGAUACUGAACCGUAUGGUUACGUCAGUUUCGAAGAAAAACUCGAAUUCCUUAGGAGAGGCCCCUUUACCCGUUUUCAAAUUCAUCUUAAAACAAUCGAAUCUGUCGGAAUGGUAAAAAUUUGUUGUUGUUGCUAUUACACGAAAUUCUUAAUUUUUUGUCGCAUAAUUAAAUUAAAGAAUAAUUUGCUUGUAUCAAAUUACUUUUAUUAAUUGUUUAUCGAUCAAGAUCAAUUUUUAUUAUCUAUUUAGAUUGACAAACUUGAAUAUGAUCUCGGUACAUAUGGCGAAGAAAAUCGUCUUCUCAAUCAAACAACGCAAAAGCUUGAACAACAAUUAAUAAAUGCUCACUCUUACAAUGAAUCAAUACAGCGUGGAUUUCAGCAAACCGAAGAAAAGUAUCAAGCAAAAAUAUCAGAAUGUGAAUCAUUUUUAAUUUCAAUGAAAGAUGCUCACAAGGAUACAAUAUGUUUAUUAGAACAAAAAAAAGUUGAAAUAACAAUGUUACAAUCAGAAUUAGAAACGUUAAAAACAGAACAGGCAUAUUCAAAUUCAACAAUUCAAAAAUUUGAAGAAAUGGAUCAUGAAUUAAAACGUCAUAUAACAAUGUUAGAAAAAUCUCUUGAUGAACAUAAAUCUAUUGUUCGAAAGCGAGAAAAAGAACUUGAACAAUUAAAAAAUGAUUAUGAUAAUAAUGCAAAAAACUAUACAUCAGUGGCGAACAAGUGUUCAAAACAAGAUGCUGAAAUGAAUAUAUUAAGAAUGGAAAAUUCUUCAUUAACAGAAGAAUUAAAAUUGAUGCGUGAUAAUGUUCAGAAAUGUCAUGAAGAACAACGACGUCUAAGAAAAGAUUGUGAUCAAGCAUUGCAUUACAUACACGAUGGUAUCCCUGAAUUAUGUUAUGAUGGUCAAAAUAAAAUUGAUGAUAUUAAAAAACUUCCUAGUAUAUUUGAACAGUUAGCUGGUGAUCGUGAUAGUUUAAAAUCAAAAAAUGAAUUACUUGUUCAAUUUGUCAAAGGUCUAACCGAUGAAAUGGAUGAUUUACAAUGUCAUCAAAAAAAAUAUAAAUUUAGCGAUGUUAUUGAUGAUAGUAUAGUUGAAUUAGAAAGUAAUGUUGAGGCUGUUGAUAUUGUAAUUAUGUUCGGUGUCAAUAUUGGAUAA